UAAGAAACUUUGUACCGUCUCGUGUUACGGUCGAGUCCAUUCAGCAUUUUGCGUGUUCAAAGGAUUUCUUGUCGUUCGCUUAACGCAUGAGCGUCAUAAUUGCUGACCGCUGAUUCCUGUAACAAACCUUGAAUAAUUAGUUGUUCAAUUAAGACAAGGUUGACGCAUUCGAAUUGAGAAAACAGAUUCUCCGUGAAAUAAUAAAUAGCCCGCGGUUGCAAAGCUCUUCGGCCGUGUAAUCGAGGUUGUGUUUAGCCAAAUUGUGAUUUACAACUCAUCGCUGUUGGUUAAUGAACGUAAGGUGUGGGUCGUACCGGUGGAGGAGAGAUGGGGAGCAACCUGAGCAAGAGGCGGUCUCAAAGCUCAGGCAACCUAACCGGGAAACUGCCGCAGGACAAGUACAAACUCUGCGGCUCUCUCCCCAACCAUCUCGACCUCCCCAACAACGACAACAACAACGAAACAGUGAAAGGACGCGUCGAAGAUUUGGGCUACGGGAGCGAGAGGUCUCCGGACGAUCCGGAGCCGCCUUUCCCCGCAUGCCCCGUGCACCACGCCCAUUUCAUCAAGAAAUAUCCGUUUAUUAAUUCAAAUUCAGUUUUUAGCGUCAUCGUCCGGAAAGGCACCGGAGGUCUCGGUUUAAGCGUAUGUGGGGGAGAACCAUGGCCUGGUCUGAUCAGGAUAAAAAGACUGUUCCCUCAUCAGCCAGCGUCCCAUUCUGGGCUUCUUAGCCCAGGUGACAUCCUCCUGGCAGCCAGCAGUGUGCCCCUCCUCGGCCUCACCAACUAUGAAGCAUUGGAAGUGCUCAGGUCAUCCCCUUCCGAGGUGAAACUGACUGUGUGCCGGCCACCGGAACCCGUCAUACCCCCUGUUGAGACGGUUGCUCCUCCACCUCCACCAAGAGAUACGCCCACGCCUAUGAUGCAAGAAAACUACGGGGAAUUUGAAAUUGUGAUGGAAAAAGUCAACGGAUCACUUGGAUUUACGUUGAGGAAGGAAGACCAAAGCGUGUUAGGCCACUACGUUAGGGCUUUGGUGAGGGAGCCUGCAUUGUCUGAUCUGAGGCUAAGACCUGGUGACAAGAUCGUCGCCGUCAACGAUGUAGAAAUGUCGAACCUAACGCAUGAAGAAGCUGUCGCAUUUUUGAGGAAAUGCGGUGAUCUCGUCCGGCUAAGGCUCUACAGGGAUUCGAUGCAAACGCCAAUUCCGAGCCAUUCACCAACCCAUUCCCAUAGGACUUUCAAACCUAUUUUAAGGAAAGAAGCCCAGGACAUGCUGUGCGAGCUGGCUGUCAAGAAAUCUCAAUCGCCUCCGGACUCUUCCGGGUCGAGCAAAGGCUCUUCACCAAGAAAACGAAGACUGACAAGAACACCACCUCCUGCUGAUAGUGCAGAGAGCUUUGAGAGUGGAGAGGAUGAGCAUUUAAAACAGACAGAACAACUUUCAGUAUAUGACAAUGUAAAGACCAGUUGUAAAUUUUCACCCAAUUUGGCUACUCAGUCAUCCGAGGAAGAACUAGUAUCGACUGGACUAAGUGGAAAUGAACCUCCACCUUCUGAACCCGUUAGCAUGCCUCCUAUGGGCACAUGUGACAAUGAUUCCGAGACAGGUUUCUCUUACAGAAAUCCAGCUUACAGAUCAGCAAAUCCACCUGUCACCAAACCUCUAGCAUCACAAGAAAUCACUGAAAGUGGUUGCUCAGAACAGGACAUCCCAAGAGCGGUUGAAGGAACAAAGAGCCUACUGAAAUGGAAAGGUGUACUUUUCAAGUCAGACGAAUCAGACACCUGUUCAGUCGAACUCGCCCAUACAGAAAGUAUAACUAGUCAAGGACCAGAAGAACUUCCCGAAGCACCGGAGUACCAAGUGGUGCUCGUCGAACUGAAUCGGGGAUGGAAUAGCCGGCUCGGUUUUAGCCUGCAAAGCAGUGAAAACGGCGGAUCUGUCAUAAGUGCCAUCUACCCAGACAGUGUCGCCUCAAGGGACGGUCGCUUAAGAAUUGGCGACAGGCUCAUCAAUGUAAAUGAUGAAAGCAUUGAAAAUAUGGAGACAACCGAUGUCAUCGAUUUGUUGAGAAAGAUCCGGGGGAGCAUAUCUUUAACACUUUUAAGGAAAUCAAAAUAGAGAGGCUCAUCCAGACUACUUACACUACGACUCCAGUCAGAAAAACUUAACUUUUAUAUCAUUAAUAAUUUAUUAAAAUGUAUAUUAAAAAUUGUGCAUUUAUAUUUUGGUUGAAAGUGCUUACCAUUGUUUGGAAUAAUCUAUUGCUAUCUAAAUGAAGUAUAUAUAAAUUA